AUGGCUUUAGACGCUGCAAAUUACAGCCUUUCGUUGGUAGCCCGCCCCGGGCAAGGCGCCAUAGUGGACCUGUACCAGCUCGCAUCCAACGCAAAUCCGGCAACGUCGUCCUCAGUAGCUCUGGACUCGUCUCAUCAGCAUUCUUCAGGCUGUUCAGCUCAGUACACCUAUGAGCGAGCACGGACAGUUGCAUAUGCUGCUGAAUUGAGAGAUGCUCACACUUCGGCGGUACUCUCCAAACUAUCUACUGCGACUGCCACUCUUACGGAAAAACAGCGUAAAAUCCAGCUGUGCAAUCCGGACGAGGUGAUCAAUGUCGAUCGCAAUGCGGGCGUGUUCAACACAGAGUGGAAAUGGAUCUGGCAAGGGUGAGUGUGGUUGAGACCAGCCAUCAUACUCACGACUGCAUUUCUUGGUCGUGCAGUCCGCACAGCAUUCGUAUAUUGGCGACUCUCCCAUCUCCACUUUGAGCUGACGUUAACAUGCGCUCUGCAAUUGGUACGCAGAGAGAUAUUUUCAAUGCGGCGGGAGACUGCUUUGGGAAGUCCGUCCAGUUACAUGUGUCAAGUAGUACGCAAACCCGAUCCUCCAGUAGCGUGAGUGGACCCGCUUUCAGGAUCCUUGAUAAGACGAUUACUGCUGACUUCCGCGAGCUCGCCACGAUGACGUGAACGUAUCAGAGUAUGCAGAUACAGACCUGCAAGCAAAAGCCGGGCUGGUCAAAUUGAGCUGUACGACUAUAACUUGACGCGGCUCGAGGUGCAAGAUCGAAAAGGCCUAGAGAUCCUGCUCUUGAGUCUUCUACUCAGUCUACUAGACGCAGAAACAGAUGACAACAAUCCGAGAGCUGCAGGUGUGCCUUUUAAUCCUCCGGAAGGUGCUACAGAGAGCGGUCGACCACAGAGACCCGACGCUGAAGUGCUGUUGCCAAGCGCCCUGCCACCUGCUCCCAGAACCGAAUACCUACCUCCUGCGGGCGCAAGACCGCCCGGUGCACCUCCUGAGCUCGGAUUACAGCCGUCUCAAAACCAGCAGGCGGCUACUGCAUCCCGACCUUCAGCUCUGAAUGUCGAUCAUGGCAGGGACACUUCUGGUGGCACGUCGAUAUCGGGCCUCGCUGUGGUACCGCACACGCAAGAAAGCAACGAAAUCGACAUUGGUCCUUUUGGAGAUGUGAGUUGCUCCGGGCCCCAAAAGUACAGAGCUCUUGCAAGCAGCGCAUACACAGCAUCUUGAGUGCAGAGGCAAGGUUCGAAGAGGUGUCAGUUUAGCGUUUUUGGCCGCUGAAAGCCUCAGAAUUUCUGCUGGCAGCCAUGCUCAUCCUGCGUGCCCACUCCGUCUCUCGUGAAACAGACCCAAUCAUACGUUGCGCGCGCUUUGCAUCUUCUCAGGACGGACCAGGGCGGAUCUGCCUGUGAUCUCAUCAUACUGAGGGCAUUUACUGUGGACACGACGCCGAGAGUGGUGCAGGUCGCCGCUGGAGUCAAGGCCGCAUGGUAUCGUGAGUGCAUGUAAGACCCGUGCCGUCUCAAAUUCGAGACAUGGGAGCGCAGUCUUCGGCGUCGGCCUCGUCAGAUCCGCAGAGAUUCGCGCAUACUCUUGAAUGGUGUUUGACAAGGUUAGAUGCUUGUUGUGCCUUCUCCACCGCAGGCCUCGCACCAACUUCGAAGGGCUCGAGCAAUUCUGGAGAACUGUAUCAAUACGUCCGAGAUGCAUCAAUGGACUCACCCUCUCCGCGGCGGGGCAGCAAUCCCAAUUCGCCAACCAGAGCUCCUCGCUCACGGAUACCUCUGAACGAGCCAAUCAAGGGCCCUAGUGGGGCUACUGCUGCUCAACUGCAGUCGUAUGCUCCACCGGAGAAGCUCAUAGUGUAUCUGAGCAAGGAGAGAAUCGACGAAUUCGAACGACCUGGAGGGGCAGCGGUCGGCCUGGGGCCAGGCUCGACUGGGAGCCUACCCUCGAGCUCUCAAGCGCCUUACAUACCUCCAAAGACUGGCCAGCCCGCACCUAGCUGGUCGGCAAGUUCGAAACCACAUUUUCAACAACCGUCAAGCCCUUCCGGCAGCUCCCCGGCUCAGUCACCUGGUGCGGGCGGCAAGGAUGAGAACAAGCGGCUCUCGACAGGCGUAGGCAAGCUCUUUGGCAAGCUCGGCAGACUCAAGGGCUCGGAACAUUGA